AUGGAGUCGAACCAAAAGCUCGGUUCCAAGAGGCCUUACGCAGACGCGUUCGACGCAGCAGAUGACACCAUGUUCUCCUUUGGUCAGACCGGAGACCUCUUCGACCGAGGGCUCGACCAACUAAUGACGUACAUGGGUGAAAUGGGGGGGAUUGCUGAGAAGGAUAACAAAGUGCUCCCUAACGCGGACAGGCUUCUCCCGGAUGAUGUUCCGGAAGAGUCUGUUGGGGAGGGAGGCAGCCAUGAAAAUUUCGGCAUGUUCGACUCGAACCCCUUCGGUACCGUGAAUCUCGCUGCGUCGUUUCCGGAAGGCUCGUGCGAGCCGCAACUGGUCCCGUGCGCCCCGAAACCGGCUGCGACGACUACGACGACAAGCGACGUCGCCAACUCGGUCGCAGACGGAGCGUUCGGAUCGCCUGACGCGUUCAGCUCGCCGGACGGCUUCGCGUCGGAGGAUUUCAAUCUGUCGUUCGGGAUGGAUGACGUGGAUGAGUUGAAUCAGCAAGACCUUCGUUACAAUCUCAUGCUCAGAGGAGCGGGCCUUGCAGAGCAUUCUACUGCGGAUGCUCCGUCGCAUCCCAAGAUGGAGUACCCAGCGCAUCACCCAAUGAACUACCCGAUGUACCCGCCGCACAUGCCGCUCUACUACCCAGGAAUGCCCACCAUGCCGGCUCCCUACUACGGCAUGCCGUACCCUCCAUUUCCGUACAACCCGUGGAUGGCUCCUUACUCCUCGCCCUUCAUGCCUCCCCAACAUGCGAUGCCUGGAACCAACGCAAUGCCCACCGACCCUGCCGCCAUCGCGCGUCAGCGACGCCUGGUCGCGGAUUCCGCGCGCGGAAAGCGACGACGACACGCGCACCACGCGUCCUCGCAGUUCCCUUCCGCCGUAUCUUCCGCCAUGCCUUCCGCGAUGCCUUCCGCGUCCCUCUACGGCCUCCCCAUCUCGCAAUCCUCACCGUCCAUGCUGCCCUGGAAUCACGUCAAUCCCGAAGCCGCCGACUCCGCGAACACCGCUCCGUCGUCUCCGUUCGUUCCCGCCGCUCCUCUCCCGCCGUUCUCCCCCGCCGUCGUCCCGUCGUCUCCCAAAGCCGUCGCGUCCCCCGCACGGUGCGCCUCGCCGGAUCCCGCAUCGUCCCCUGCUGUGGUGUGGAAAGCCGGCGCGGGGAAGGCUGCGGCGAAGAGUCCGCUGGGUAGAGCUGCUCCUCCUGCUGCUGCUGCUGGUAAAUCUUCUGCCGUGAAGUUUUCGGCAGGCGCGGAGGUCGCCGCUGCUCCAGCCGCUGCCCUGCCUUUUUCGCCUGUCCUCAAGAUUGAAGAGGACGAGUUUGUUCCUACCGCUGAGGCUCCCGCUAUCCCCGCUACCGUUUCGCCGCCUGCGUCCGGGCAGCAAGUUAAGGGAGGGAAGGCCACGGCGAAGCAGCAGCGGGAUGAGCGGCGGGUGAAGCGGCUGCUGCGGAACCGCGUGAGCGCGCAGCAGGCGCGGGAGCGGAAGAAGAACUAUGUGUCAGAGUUGGAGCAGCGGUGCGAGGUGGUUGAGAGGAGUAACGCGGAGAUUGAGGGGGAGAUUGCUGCGCUGAUGGCGGAAAACGAGCGUCUGAGGAAGUCUAUGCGGAGAGCCAUCAUGGAGACUGGAGUGUGA